AGCACUGAAAUUUUUUCCAGCUUGGAGGGUAUAUACACGCGUAUGAUGCAAAAAUAACCGAAAAAGAGCAGCAAGAUGACUACUGUGAAAGCGGUGGCUCUCAUCGCCGGUGACCCCCAUGUUAAGGGUACUCUCCAGUUCGUUCAGGACCCAAGAGGAGCAACCCAUAUCACAGGGAGGAUAACUGGCCUCACUCCAGGUCUUCACGGUUUCCAUAUUCACGCCCUUGGCGAUACCACCAACGGCUGCAAUUCCACUGGACCUCAUUUUAAUCCUCUGAAGAAAAAUCAUGGAGCUCCUUCUGAUAAAGAGCGUCACGCAGGGGAUUUGGGUAAUAUUGUUGCUGGCCCAGAUGGAGUUGCCAAGAUUUCAAUUGAAGACACGCUGAUUCCACUAACUGGACAUCAUUCCAUAUUGGGAAGAGCAGUUGUCGUGCAUGCAGAUCCUGACGAUCUUGGGAGAGGUGGACAUGAUCUUAGCAAGACAACAGGAAACGCCGGUGCAAGAGUUGGAUGUGGUAUCAUUGGGCUUCAAUCAUCGGUCUAGGUCCAGGAAGGGGUUCGGGUUAGUUUCCAUCUCAUGGACUUGGAUGCAAUCUAUGAUCAUCACAAGAAAUGUUGACCUUGUUUCACCUCCCAAACUUAAUUUGCUAUGAAAUUUUGUGCUUGUUCAGCAGAUGCAUGCUGGACCAAAUAUAACUACACAUAAAGCUAGACUUGACUUGGCUGUUCUGGUUGGGAAACUUGUGGGUUCGCGAAUGCAAUACCUUUGUAUUA